GCCUGUGCCCUGGACAGCUACAUUGCAUCUGUCUACAAGAACAGCAUGGUCUUGUCAGAGGACACUGAAUUGCCGGUUUAUGCUGAGGAGGCCUUGAUGCUGAUGGACAAAAAUAUGACAAUUUUGGAGGAGGCCGUCAAAGAAGGAGCCAGACAGGGUGCUCAUAUCAUUGUGACUCCUGAAGACGGUAUUUAUGGCUGAGUCUUCACAAGGGAGACAAUAUAUCUUGAGGAUAUGCCAGACCCAGGGGUCGACUGGAUUCCCUGUGCUGCCUGGAAGGUAUCGCUCCUGAUGUUUGCUCCCUCACUCGUGCUGGAAAGACUGAGCUGUCUGGCGAGGAAUAAUUCCAUCUACACGGUUGUGAAUAUGGGAGACAAGAAGCCAUGUAAUUCCAGUGAUGCAAGGUGCCCAGCUGGUGGUCGCUAUGUUGUCCUUGACUCGGAGGGGAAACUGGUGGCUCGUUAUCACAAGAGUGAUCUUUUUGUGACAAAGAAGCAGUUUAAUUACUCUAAGAACCCAGAAUCUGUGACUUUCAAUACGUCCUUUGGCUACUUUGGCAUUUUCACUUGCUCAGACAUACUCUAUUAUGAUCCAGCUGUGGUCUUGGCAAGGAGAUUUCAGAUUGACACUGUUCUGUUUCCAGCUGUUCGGGGUAACACUCUUCCACUGUUGUCAGCUGUCCAGUUUCACUCGUCAGGGGCCAUGGCAAUGGGCAUCAACAUUCUUUCAGCAAAUACACACAACUCUGCUUUAGAUAUGACAGGGAGUGGUAUUUAUGUCCCAGACGGUCCAAGAACCUAUUAUUACAACACAGAAAUGGAAAAUGGUCACCUUUUGGUGACAGAACUGAGCUCACACUCACAUCUCUCUCCUGACUAUCCUGCUGCUGUUAACUGGAAAUUGUAUGCCAGCAGGAUUGGACAGUUUACAUCAAACAACCACGAUUUCAGUGGGGUCAUUUGCCAUGAUAUCUUCACAUUCACGAAGCUCAGUGAACCUGAGGGAAAUCGUGCCAUUUUCCAGCAGGACCUCUGUUGCCAUCUGAGUUACAAGAUGGCAAAGAAGCAGCAAGGUGAUGUUUAUUUUCUGGGUGCCUUUGGUGGGCUACAUGUUGUUGAAGGAGACUAUUAUUUGUAGAUAUGCAUGCUGCUCAAGUGCAAGAGCACAGACCCGAACACGUGCAGGCAGCCUGUGGAGACGGCUCAGACCAGGUUUGAGAUGUUCUCCCUCAGCGGCACGUUUGGCACUAACUAUGUCUUUCCAGAAGUCUUGUACAGCGGAGUGCAGCUGGCCCCUAGGGAGUUUGAGGUGCUAACUGAUGGACGUCUAAUAAGUCGUACUAGUACAUUAAAGCCAGUUCUGAGUGUAACAGUCUUUGGGAGGUGGUAUGAAAAGGACCUUCCAUGCACACAGCAAACUUCGCCAUGA